CUCGUACCGCACAGAAAAAAUAAAUAACUUACAUUAAUUUCAUUUUAUUUAUUAUCCGACUCUGAACAGUGUUUUAUUUUGAAAAAGACUGAAUUCUCUCAUUUACUUCCGUCUAUGACUGACUCUUGACGCAUGUCAAGAUACAUUAUUAGUAGCUAAUAUUAAACCUACAAGCUAGCAAAAUGAGUAAAAAACAGAUGUCUUUGGAGGGUUUCUUUGCAAAGGGAAAAAGGCCCAGUGAGGAGACAGAAGAAGAGUGUACGACAACCACUAAGAAAAAGAAAGCUGCAUUUAACAGACAAUACCAAAAUACCUACUUGAAAUAUGGAUUUAUCGCGACAGGCGAUUCCCAUGCACCAAGCCCGCUCUGCAUAAUAUGCGGCGACCGGCUCUCCAAUGAGGCAAUGAAGCCUUCAAAACUGCUUCGUCACUUGGAGACCAAGCACCCAACAUUAAAAAACAAGCCUUUGGAGUAUUUUGAAAGAAAAAAGCGGGAACAACAGGGACAGAAGCAAUUACUGAGGGCCUCCACAACAACAAAUACAGGUGCACUGAGAGCAUCAUACUUGGUGGCUAACCGUAUUGCUAAGGCUAAAAAGUCAUUCACUAUUGGUGAAGAAUUGAUCCUUCCUGCCACUAAAGACAUUUGCUGUGAACUUUUUGGGGAGGUGGCGGCUGAAAAGAUAGCACAGGUGCCUCUGUCGGCUAGCACCGUUACCCGUCGCAUUGAUGAAAUAGCAGAGGACAUUGAGACACAGUUGUUGGAGAGAAUUAAUACAUCACCAUGGUACGCUUUGCAGGUUGAUGAGUCUACAGAUGUGGACAAUAAGGCAAUACUACUUGUUUAUGUGCGAUACCUUUAUCAGGAGGAUGUGCAUGAGGAUAUGUUGUGUGCACUAUCGUUGACAACCAAAACCACAGCUGCAGAACUAUUCAGGUCACUGGAUGAUUAUGUAUCAGGAAAACUUAAAUGGUCUUUUUGUGUCGGCAUAUGCACAGACGGAGCUGCUGCCAUGACCGGACGGCUGUCUGGUUUGACUACUCGGAUUAAGGAGGUUGCACCUGAAUGUGAAUCUACACAUUGUGUCAUUCACAGAGAAAUGCUGGCAAGCCGAAAAAUUCCACCAGAACUUAACAGCGUAUUGAAUGAUGUUGUUGGAGUUAUUAACCACAUCAAAGCACACGCCCUCAACUCACGCCUGUUCGAGCAACUUUGUGAGGAGAUGAACGCGGAGCACAGGCGCCUUCUCUUGCACACAGAAAUAAGGUGGUUGUCCCGAGGGAGAUCACUCGCCAGAGUUUUUGAAUUACGAGAGCCGCUGCAGAGAUUUUUCUCAGAAAAGAAGUCACCGCUGGCAGCACAUUUCAGUGACAAGGAGUGGGUCGCAAAACUCGCUUACAUAUGCGACGUAUUCGGCCUACUAAAUGAACUCAAUCUGUCCCUUCAGGGGAAAAUGACAACUGUCUUCAAGUUGGCAGAUAAGGUAGCUGCAUUUAAAGCCAAACUGGACUUGUGGAGACGACGCGUAAACAGAGGCAUAUUUGACAUGUUUCAAACUUUGGCUGGAUUUUUGGAAGAGACUCUGCCUGAGCAAUCAUUCUCCCAGCUAGUGCAGGAUCACCUGUCUUUGCUUUUAAAAGAGUUCGAGCGCUACUUCCCAAUCACAAAAGACCCACGAACCGACAAGGAAUGGAUCCGCGACCCAUUUGUCAAUAAACCGGGUGAAUCCAGCUUGCCUUUGCAAGAAGAAGAUCAACUUUUGGAAAUAACGAAUGAUGGCGGCCUUAAAAGUAUGUUUGAGACAUCAGCUUUGCCGGUAUUCUGGAUAAAAGUCAUGGCGGAAUACCCCGAGAUUGCCACAAAAGCACUAAAAACCCUGUUGCCGUUUCCAACAUCAUAUCUGUGUGAAGCGGGGUUUUCUGCAGUAACAGCGACGAAAACAAAAUUGAGGAGCAGACUGAACAUAAGCAACACACUUCGGGUGUCAUUGUCCCCCAUUACGCCCAGGUGGGACCGUCUCGUUGCAGAGAAACAAGCACAGGGCUCUCACUGAUUGAGCGUUAUGGAGCUGGAGUGGGCAAGCUAUUUAUUUGGAGGUCUUUCUUUCUUUCUUUCUUCUACCGUUUUUAUCAGACACAACGCAGAAACCCACCGGUUACACUGAUGACUGAUCAUUAUUGGUGGUAUGGCGUCCGUUUAGUUGGGCUGCGGUCUCCUCAUCUCUUGUUUCUCUCCUCCGUUUCCGGCCCAAGAGGAAAGUCAGAGGACCAACGAUCCCAGAUGUUACAGCUGCUGUUACAAGGACUGUGAUCACUGUGAUCCAUGUCCUAUCAGAGGACUCUGAUGGCUGUGAGGACAAGAAGACAGAAACCAGGCAUGUUAGUGAGUGUGGUUUGUGCGAAGGUUUCAGCCAGCGUAAAUUUAAACAGAAAACCAAAAACACAAAUGUUUCUGUGCAGUUAUGUUAUCUAAUAUCAGUCUCUGCUUCCAGGGAAACGUGUCAUAAUUAAAAAUGUCCCCUUACACACAAUCACAAACAGACAAUGAGCUCCACCCGUGAAGUGAACUGACUGUGCAAGGCAUCAAAUCCAGGUGUUCGUGGAAAGCCUGCGUGCUGUGAUAUCACCUCACUGUCCUCCACUCAAACACUGACCCUGCUCUGAAACACUGACUGCAAAUCUGAGUUAUUGGCGCGUUUAACGAGCCAUCA